CAAACGGCAAACGGAAAUCAUAGGACCUCCGUGAAGGUGAAACUGCAGGCCUGUUUAGCAGCAAAAUGGCAGCCUUACGUGGAUCACCAAGACCGCUGAUGGGAAGAUAUACCUUGCUUCCUUCUGCGUCUUCGUGGGAAAGUGUUUCAGAAGAGGCUGAGGGAGGUUUAGGAAUGACAGAAGGUUACUCUCUGAUGUUAUCCAAUCCACUGAGCAAUGUUGGUGAAGAACAAAGUUCACAGAAGUUUAUGUCUGUGACAGCUGAAGAGCCAGAGCACAAAAACAAGUUGUCGACAUUCUUUGGUGUUGUGGUACCAGUCACCCUAUCUAUGUUUUCCGUAAUUUUAUUUUUGCGUCUUGGCUUUAUUGUUGGCCAGGCUGGCCUAGUAUUGUCCAUCGGCAUGUUUGUGAUAGCUUACUUUGUUGUAGGCUUAACAAUACUGUCCAUCUCAGCCAUUGCAACAAAUGGUGCUGUCAAGGAGGGUGGAGCCUACUACAUGAUUAGUCGCACAUUGGGUCCAGAAUUUGGUGGAUCAAUAGGAGUGAUAUUUUACUUUGCUAACAUCUUUGCCUCUGCUCUUUAUCUUCUGGGUUUUGUUGAGGCCUUGCUAAACAAUUUUGCAGAAACUCACCCCAAUAUUUUCCAUCCAGGGGAAUGGUAUCAUUUUUUAUAUGCAUCAGUAGUCCUGCUCUUUUGCCUGCUAGUUUGCUUGAUUGGCUCAGGAAUGUUUGCAAAGACAUCAUUUGUCAUUUUCCUAGCUGUCAUGGUUGCUGUUUCAUCUUCAAUUGUCAGUUUUCUUAUUGUCAAACACAAGGGUGACUUGCCCCCUGGAAUUCAUGCAGGAAGUGACACACAUAAAUUUCCCCAGAAUGUUACAUACAGAUACUCGGGUUGGAAUUCUACGACUUUGCACAACAAUCUUUGGCCUGACUUCACCAAAGACUAUACAACUAACGAGCAUCAGACUCCUUUGACAGUGUUUGGAGUUCUGUUCAAUGGGGUUACUGGAGUCAUGGCUGGUGCUAACAUAUCAGGGGACUUGAAAAAACCUGGAUAUGCCAUACCAUUUGGUACCCUUGGUGCAAGUGUUUUUACAUUCAUUUUAUAUUUGCUCUUAGUGGUUUUUACAAGUGCUACAUGUCCCAGAUCCUUACUACGAAACAAUUACAACUAUCUUAUGGUAAUCAACAAAGUGGAAUGGUUAAUAACUGUAGGAACAUUUGCUGCAACUCUUUCAGCUGCUCUCAGCUGCCUCAUAGGUGCCUCAAGAAUUCUCCAAGCUAUUGCUAAAGAUGAUUUACUAGGUAUCAUACUUCGCCCAUUUAGCAAAGUUAUCCGCAGAAAUGGAGAACCUUUAAGAGCUGUUUUGAUGUCAUGGUUCCUUGUUCAGGUUGUUCUUUUGAUUGGAAAUGUGGACAAAGUUGCUGUGUUGGUCAGUAUGUUCUUUCUCCUGUCAUAUGGGGUCACCAACAUGGCAUGCUUUGCUCUCAAAGUUGCUUCUGCACCAAACUUUAGACCAACAUUUCAGUAUUUCUCUUGGCAAUCGGCUCUCCUUGGUGCUGUGUUUUGUUUCCUGAUCAUGUUCCUGGUCAAUUACAAAUGGGCUGCUCUUGCAUUUGCUCUCAUGGUGAUUUUGUUUGUGGUGAUUUCUCUCCGUGCACCUCCCACCCCUUGGGGAGAUGUGUCACAAGCUUUGAUUUACCAUCAGGUGAGGAAGUACCUUCUUCGACUAGACUUAAGAAAAGACCAUGUGAAAUUCUGGAGACCUCAGGUGCUGUUAUUGGUGUCCAAUCCACGCUCUGGUUACCCCUUGAUAGACUUUGUUAAUGACAUCAAGAAGGGUGGUCUUUAUAUACUGGGUCAUAUCCAAGAAGGUGGAUUUGAUGUUCAGUUAUUGAGAAGACAAAAGCGUGAACUUACAACUUGGCUAAAUUUCAUUGAUUGUACGGAAAUAAAGGCCUUUGUGGAGCUAACUGUUGCACAAACCAUACGUGCUGGCGCACAAAACUUAUUGAUGACCUCUGGACUGGGCGGGAUGAAACCAAACACUCUAAUCUUAGGGUUUUACGAUCAUGAGCUCCCUACGGAGAGUUUUUCUCGUGGAAUCUUCAGGAAGCCGAGACUUCCGUUUAUGAGGGUGCAAAGGAAAGAUGAAAUUUAUCGCAGUGUACUGUUACACCUUCCACCACUUCGAACACACCCUGGACAUCAGAAAAUGACAUUAAAGGACUAUGUAGGAAUUAUUAAGGAUGCGGUUUUAAUGGGCAAAAACGUCUGCAUUGCCAGAAACUUCGCUCAACUGGACAAGAACACUCUUGGCAAGGAAGGAUACAUUGAUGUGUGGCCAAUGAAUACCACGGUCGUCGGAGAAGCAGGUUUGGUACUUGGUCCUUAUGAUUUCACGUUCCUCCUUACGCUUCAGUUGAGUUGUGUUCUACAUAUGGUGCCAUUCUGGGAAAAUCGAUCUAAACUUAGAGUCAUGCAGAUCGUGGAGACUGGAGAUGAUGAAGAUAACCACCAAGCACAAUAUAGAACUCUAACAAAUCUUCUCAAAGAACUCAGAAUUCCUGCAGAAGUUCGGAUGAUUCACAGCACACAAGAAUCUCUUUCUCAGACAAGAAAUGCCGAUGGAAUGGCGCCCUCCACCAACUGGUACCGAACAGUGAAUCAGCUCAUCAAAAUUCACUCAACAGAAGCAUUUGUUGUAUUUACUGGUCUUCCCCCUCCUCCAAACGAGGAAAACAUGGCUCAGCAAUUUAUUCAAGACAUAACUGUGCUCUCAGAUAACCUUCCCCCAGUCAUGAUGGUGUACGGAAAAUCGAAAGUGGUCUCCACGUCAUUAUAAAUCACGUCUUUGUCGGUUCAUUCAGAGUGUAAUGAAAACAUCAGGUUGUGUUCAAUAUUGGGCAACUUACAAAUACAGUGGAACCCCUCUAAACCGGCCUCAUUAAACCAGAAUCCUCUCUAUACCGGACCUUUUUUUCUGCCCCAAAAUUUCUGUCAUACAUUUUCUCGACUAUUAACCUCAAUAAAGCGGAACCCUUCACUUCUGGAAACCGGACUGAUUUAAGAAGACAUGGCAGGAAUAAUAAAUAGCUACCAUAUUCUGAGAAAAUAUAGGCUUUAAAAGCUAGCUAUUGUAGAGGAAUGAUGUAGAAAAUGAACUCCCUUUUUUUUUUUUUUUUACUUUUGGCCAUGUUUUUAAGUUUUGUUCUGUUUUCAAACUAUCUGUAAACAACGCCUGAUCUGGCAGCACUGCACUCUUGCAAAUCUUUCAACUUGUUUCUAAGAUGUGAAUUAUGUUUUGAAUGAAGGUUACUAUAUAGCCCAAAAAGGAAAUAUCCUAUGAUUUAAUGAUUUAUUUAUACAUUGAUUUUAUUGAUGACUGUGGAUAGAAUAUGUAUUUGUACGUAUUUAGUUUAAUAGAUAAGUUAACUUAAAAUUGUAGAAAGUACAAUAAUGUUUUAAAUUCCAUGCUUUCUUUGCCUUAUUAGAAAACUAGUUUUAACCCUUUUCCAGCAAGCCACACAUACAUGUUAGAAAUUAC